UAUUAGAAGGAUUAUUUCUUGUUGAAUGAAAGAUAAGGGCCAUAUGUUUUGAAAGCUGUAUUGCAAGCGAUUUGACGUUUUUGUAAACGUUAAAAUGCAGCAUCGGGAUUGUAGUUCACAUGAGGCAGUCGUGGGCGACGCUAAUGGCUGAGAACUGUAGGGAGAAGGCAGAAUGCCGCCUAGAGGUUGAGAGCUAGGGACUCCCUAAAAACACGACACUUAGAUACAAGUUACUUUUUGUAGCAGGUUAGGAUAGCAUUUUUGCUAACCCUAACCAGAAUAUAUUCCGACCCUACAGUUGCACUGGGGUCGGUCAGGCUUCCUGUUUAGAUUAAGACACUGUGGAGCCGGCGCAAGAUAUGGCUCGGAAAAUGUACCUCAAUCCAGGGAUGAGAAAUACGUUGUACUCCAAAUUGUCGCAUUAUCCCAACUUUUACACCGAGAAGAUUGAACGACUGCUAGUUUUUCAGCAGCAGUAAGCAAGCCCACAAGGCUCAAUUCACUUUGGAACAGAGGAAGUCCAGACACAAACCAUACUAAUGAUUAGUCCAAGAAUGGCUUCGGGAAUGCAAGAGAUACAGUACACUCCAUCUCUACUCAGUUUUUUCAUCUAUAAUCCUUCAUUUGGGCCACGGGAGGGAGAGGAGGAGAAGAAGAUUUUAUUCUACCAUCCUAGUGAGGUUGAGAAGAAUGAGAAGCUCCGUAAUGUCGGCCUUUGUGAGGCCAUUGUACAGUUUACCAGAACCUUCUGUCAAACAAAGCCUGCUAAAUCCCUCCACACACAGAAGAACAGGCAGUAUUUCUUUGAAGCGGAGGACAGUUUCUGGAUCGUCAUGGUGGUACGGAACCCGAUGGGAGAAAAACCCAAUAAAGAUGGGAAACCUCCUUCAAUAGAAUAUCAGGAAGAGGAAAUACUUGACACAGUUUAUGGUGCAGUACUACGGGAAUGCUACAGUAUGUACAAGCUCUUCAACGGCACAUUUGGCAGAGCAAUGGAAGCAGGCGGGGUGGAGCUGCUGAUGCAGAAGCUCGAAACGUUCUUCUACAGGUACCUGCAGACGCUGCACCUGCAGUCCUGUGACCUGCUGGACGUGUUCGGGGGAAUCACCUUUUUCCCCCUGGACAAGAUGACCUACCUGAAGAUCCAGUCAUUCGUCAACAGAGUGGAGGAGAGCCUCAGCCUAAUCAAAUGCAUAGCCUUUCUGUACAACGACCAGCUCAUAUGGAGUGGUCUGGUGCAGGAUGACAUGCGGAUCCUGUACAAGUACCUGACGACAUCACUGUUCCCCAGACACUCCGAACCAGAGCUGGCUGGUAGGGACUCUCCCCUAACACCAGAGGUGGCAGGGAAUCUGCUUCACUAUGGGAGGUUUUUGACGGGACCUGCUAACCUCAAAGACCCAGAGGCCAAUUUCCGCUUCCCCAGAAUAUUUGUUAACACAGAGGACAGUUAUGAGGAGCUGCAUUUGAUCGUUUAUAAGUCGAUGAAUGCAGUGGUUUGUUUUAUGAUCAGCACGUUGGUGGAGCUGACGAGGGAGUUCUGUGAGCAGCUGGAUGGCAUGGUGGGACCUCAGCUCACCCUGCUGGCCUCAGACAUAUGUGAACAGUACAACAUCAACCGCAGGAUAUCAGGGCCGGACAAGGACCCCCAGUUCAAGUUCAUCUACUUCAACCACAUGAACCUGGCAGAGAAGAGCACCAUCCACAUGAGGAAGACACCCAGUGUGUCUCUGACCUCCGUCCACCCAGACCUCAUGAAGAUUCUGGGAGACAUCAACUGUGACUUUGCCCGGGUUGAUGAAGAUGAAGAGAUCAUUGUGAAGGCAAUGACCGACUACUGGGUGGUCGGCAAGAAGUCGGACCAGAGAGAGCUGUACGUCAUCUUGAACCAGAAGAAUGUCAAUUUGAUUGAAGUUAAUGAAGAAGUGAAUAAGCUCUGUGCGACACAGUUCAACAACAUUUUUUUCUUGGACUGAAGGAAGGAAAGGAAGAACUGCACAAAGAAGAACGAGAAGGAGAAAGAAAUGGACUGUUUCACAACACUAAAACUGUCAGCAUUGCAGGGUAUUAUGACAGCAUCAGUGUAAUGCAAUAAUUGCAUAGAUUAUGUAAGAGUCCGACCAAACCAUGAAAAUGCCACGCACGCGUCCCCCCGUGGGGGAUAGGUCCAGAAUCUAUUUAGUAACCACAUUAUAGGCAUGUUAGAAGAAUUAUUAUAUUCUUCUAACAUUAAAUAUAAUUAAUUAUAGGCAUGAUAGAAGACAUAUAGUGCCUUGUGGAAGUCUACACACCCCUUGCACAGUCUUCACAUUUUGCUGCCUUAAAAUUAAAUAUAAAAAGGGAGUAAAUAGUUUUGUUUCAUACAGAUCUACGCAACUCCACAUUUUCAAAGUGAAAGAAAGUUAUAGACAAUUUUUCUAAUUAAUACAAAAAACGAACACGUCUUGAUUGUGUAUGUCUUCACAAGAGUUAAUACUUGGUGGAAGCACCUUUUGGCAGCCAUUACAGCUGUGAAUCAUUUUGAGUAAGGUUCUACCAACUUUGCACAUCUCUUAGGGCAGCAUAUGCCCAUUGUUUUUGUCAAAAUCUCUCGAGUUCAAUUUGGUUGGGAAUCAUUAAUGGACAGCAAUAUUCAAACCUUGUCUCUGAUUUUCAAGCAAAUUUAAGUCAGGACUGAGACUAGACCACUCAGGAACAACUCAGGAACACAGCAUUAUAAAAUUAUCAGAAUGUUACUGAAUUUGUAAUUGUCUUCUUGUUUAAGUUUCUGUCAGCGGUUUCUUACAGUUGACGUCAUUGGUCUACUUGUUGUUGUUAAGGACACACCAUGACAUGAUCACUAAAUUGAUUUAAAACCGACAUGCACAGACAUGCUGUUUUUCUUCUGUUCAUUGUCUUGUAUAAUUUUGUCUUGUAUAAUGUCUAAAGUAAUGUGGUUUGUAAUAUACAACCCCAACUUUAAAUAAAUUAAAGAAAUUCUAAUUUUCCUC